AUGGACGACAUCGCAGAAGCUUCGGCAUCGAGCUCGAGCCAGCAGCGUCGUGGCCGUAGCAACCGUGUAGCCCCACUCUCAGUCCAGAGCUACCAUGCUCGUCGUGGCUACUUCAGCGUGUCCGAUCUCGUCGGCCCGCUAUGGUGCGAGCAGGCAUUCACGUACAACAUCCUCGGACUGGGACACCUGCCAGUCUCUGAGAGGCCUGCAACUAUUACGCUUCCUUCGGGCAAUGUCAUCCAGCCAGAUCGGACCAUCGCUGAGCGUCGUGAAGAGAUACAAGUCCAAGGACGAGAGGUCCAUGCUAAGCUUGAGCGCGAGAUCCAUCCGGUACAGGUCUACGUGCACACCAAGACGGAGGAGGACGAUUGGGCGCUACGCCUGCUGCGCCUCGUCAUUGGGUUGCGCUCGCUCCUCGAUCGGGGCUGUGUUAGGGAGCUGCCCAUCGUCGGCUGGAUGCAGCACCAUCUCGUCGUCGGCGUCAUUGAUGAGAUCUCGCGCAAGCCCGUGAGGCAGCCUAGACGACCACCUGCAGCUCCUGCCAUUCCGUCGGUUGAGCUAUCAGAGGAUCAGAGCAAGCUUCCCUUCGCCUCUGUAUCUGUAUCUAACCCUCUCGCGCCAGCUGGGUUCGUAUCGCAGGCCCGCUCGCCAGGCAAGAAAGUGUGGGCAUCGCAAGAAGAGUGGAAAGCGCACCAACGCAAGGUCGAGGCGGCCAAGAAGUCUGCAGCAAAGAGCAAAAAGCCGUCUACUUCAUCGCCGAAGCGUGCGAAAGGAGCAUCGAGCUCCUCGCCGCCUGCUUCUCCGGAGGCAAAGAGACAAAAGGGACUCGCAGCAUUUGCUGGAUUCAGCGCCAAGGCGAAGCAGGAGCGCGAGCCCUCUACAUCAAUCUCUUCGAUCGCAGACCCGCCUGUGUCGGCCCCUCCUUCGACUCCUCCUCAACCUUCGACGCCUCCUCUUCCCAUGCAGGUCAAGCCUCGUCCGCAUGCCUUUUACAUGUGCGAUACCAAGACGCGCCUGUUCAACUCCUUACCCGCAGCAGAAGACCAGCGUGCUGGCCGCCUCCAGCUGCAGAUCUAUCGUCGCCUCUUCGAUGGACUCUGCCUCGGAGCGGUCGAGCGAUCUAAGGAUUACCGAGCUAGUCAAGGGGACAUCGAGCGGAGAGGAGGAGCCUUCAAUGGUGAAUCUGCUGUCAUGCCCGAAGAUGACAACUACUUGAACCUCGAUCCAGAAGCACAGGCCCUUGACUUCGCUGCGCUCUUCGCAUCCCUGGACCUCAACGCAGAGAGACGCCUGAGCGACGUCUUCCUCGACGACUCGACCGAGCUUCUUGAGGAUGUCGACCUCUCCAAGCUAUCCCUCGACGCCAAGUCCGCUUCGUCACCGUUCAGCAGCUCAACUUCCACUAUGAAAGCCGCAUCCCGCCUCACCACGCUCAGCGACGUAGUUCGACUCGUCGACGCAACAGUGCUCGAGCUCAUCAAUGCAGCGCAGCGCGAUGCCGGACAGGCCCUCUCACCAGAUUCUGCCCUCACGAGGGAGCACGCAGCGGUCCUUCAUCCCGAGCUGAGCCUCGUCUACCGGCUGCAGGACAAGCGCGGCAAGUGGACGCGCAACAAAUCGCAGCAGCAGCGCCUCACCACCAAGACUAAGAAGCAGAAUGAGAAGCGGGAGCCAGCCUACCAUAUCAGUGACGAAGAGGAUGAAGCGGAACUGCGUCUGGCGCUACAGCUGAGCCUUGAGGGGCAGGCGGGGGCACUCACAGAGAAGGAGACCUCUGCUGCCGCGACUCGUACAGUGGCCAUGCCAUCUUUGCCGCCGAGCCAGGGAGCGCGCAGGAGUCGUCGGCUGGCGAGUAGAAGAGCGGCGGCGUACAGUCCGGGGAGGCCGGCUGAUAGCACGACGAAAGGGCUGGAGGGCUCUCCUGCACCUGCUACUACCGCCGCCCAGCCUGCUCAGCCAGCUCGACCAACCGAAUCUCUGAGACCUACAACACCAGAUCGAGCUCGAGCAUCGACAUCUCAGUCCUCCAGGCUGAUAGGCAUCUCCCACUUCCCUCACUCCCCCCCCGACCUCACAAACCACCUCAUCUCAGUCCUCGACUUUUGGCUCGGUCGACGCCCUGCAACGGGCGUGAGCGAAGAUCACUCGUGGCGAUGUAAGGGUUGCGAGUUCAGAGAAGGGUGCGAGUGGCGCGAGGCGAGGGGUGAGGAGAAGAGAGAGUGGGCAAUGAAGAGGAGGGAGGAGAAGAGAGAGGAGGCGAACGGCAGGGCAGGAGAGGCAAAUCAGCAAGAGGACGACCAAGAUGAGGAGGCAGCAUUGUGGCUUUCCUUCGGGGGUGGAAGGGGGGAGACGCUCCAUGUUGGUGCCGAUGAAGAGGCGCUCAAUCACGACGAGGAGGACUUUGCGCUUCUCGAUGCGCUGGAAAGCCAACAUGCGUCAGUAGCCGUUGAGGGAGGCGCCGCACCAGCACCAGAACCAGAACCAGACGUCGGUACGCCAUCGUAA